AUGGCAUAUAUCGUAAAACGUGUAUAUAAAUUCACGCCAUCUAACUCGCAAAUUCCAAAGCAACAAAAAGUUUCAAGGAUCAAUCACACGAACCGAUAUUUCCUUUUCAGUUCAUUUCUAUUGUAAAUACACACAAAACCAUGUCUCAGACUGUUGUGCUCAAGGUUGGUAUGUCAUGUGAAGGUUGUGCCGGUGCUGUGAGAAGGGUUCUGGGGAAAAUGGAAGGUGUGGAAUCAUACGACAUUGAUAUGAAGGAGCAAAAGGUUACAGUGAAAGGAAACGUGCAACCAGAUGCGGUUUUCCAGACCGUUUCAAAGACCGGCAAGAAAACUUCUUUCUGGGAAGAGGCAGCACCUGCCGAACCUGAAGCAAAGCCUGCUGAAACUGUUGCUGCUGCCUGAUGUUGUAAACUCCAUUUGCCUUAUGAACUUGGUUUUAAUGGAUUGUAAUUUCUGACACUUGAUAUGGUUGUAAUGUGUAUUGUCAUAAUGUUGCACCCUUAUGCUUAACUGGGAGCUGCAAUAAUCACUUGGAUGCCUUCUUGGUGGUUGUCUGUAUAACUAUUGAAUAGAAAAUGUGUUCUUUUCUUUGCUGUCUCUAA